AAUGUCUGGCGGGCAAGAAUUUCAUUACCUUUUGUAUGGAAAGACAAAAUUGACGAAAAUGGCCCCUAUCCCAGACAUUCAUCAAUAUGAUAAUGAAGAGGCCUUCAAAAAUCCUCUUUGUAAAUUUAAAUUAGAUAAGAUUUAUGCACGACAAGUGCAUGCCAUGCUUGAAGGAAUGGCUGCAAAUACUAAAAUUCGACUUUGUACUAAUCUAAAUAAUCGCAGAGAGAUGGUCAAAUGUGAAUUGCAACCACCCCAAGGUUUUUAUUUUCAAAGAAUGAGAGAACUUGCAGAAAAUUUGCCUACACCAGGACUUUCUCCGGUUUGGAAACGAAAUAUUUUAUUUCUGGUACAAAAAAUUCACCGGGACAAGUACCCAGAACUUGUAGAGAAAUAUUUGGUGGAUACUGAAGAGAUGUACCAUGACGAGGUUCACCAAUUAGGCGUGAGACAGAUAAUUGCUAUGACUUGUACUUGCGAAGCCCCAGAUACUGUUAUACUUCCUUUCAAAUUCCGAGGUCGAACAGAGCACAGAAAAAAAUUUCUGCGCAAUCAAUGCUUAUUAGCACAAAAGUAUUACCUGCCACAUAAGCUUAUUCGGAAUAUUGUGGUGAAGGCCUAUCACUUGCUGCCAAACGUGAUUUGUGAUUUUCAACGUUACCAUGCAUUGGGAUUUCUUGACCCUACAAGGUUUAUUAGCAUAACUGAUUUCGAUCUGAAAAAAGGUGCUAUGGCAGUAACUUUAGGAUAUUACAAAGAAAUUGCCCGACUUAUUUCACAACCUCGGUAUAUUCAUGAUGUACCACCAAAAGCAGUACAGCCUUUCUUGCGGUGUGCAACACGUCUUCUUUCUCAACAAAUCAUCAAUCUGAUGAUUGCUACUAUAGAACAUUUACUUGAAACAUUGGAAAAUUGGCAAACCCUUCCACUACUCAAACUCAAGCUAUUAUGUGAACGAAAUGAUCUAUUUGUCCACCCGUUGAUCACAGACUUAUACAGUAUCUACCACAAUCUUAUCGAUGGAAUCACACAUAUCGCAGACCACUUACCAACGCUUGAAUCGUAUGUAAACAUACAAAUAGACCAUGAGUUUAUACACAUCUUGGUACCUGAAUGGUACAUACAAGAAUCUCACCAACGCCUAUCCUGUAUUCUGAAAACUGUAUUCGAGCCUUUGAACUCUUAUGUGGAUAGCUUAGUUUGUCAUUUUCGUGUGGUUUACGACCCAGAAACACGGGCAGGUAUUGUCGAUUAUGUUGCUGAAGGCCAUGAUUUUGAAGACAGUUGCACCAAAGUUGAUGAUUUCAAUCGAUUUGUACGAGACAUUAACGGAAUGGUGAAAAACGAAUAUUUUUUGGUCGGAAAGUUAUGCCAAGAUGAGGCGAAACUUGGGCUCAAAGCAUACACAUAUGAUGUGCGGGAAUUAAUUAUUGGAGAAUUAAUCAAGCGUCACAGAAACUAUAAUCUUGAUAUUUGCAACGAAUUUGAAAUUUUAAAAGAACGUGCAUUGACUACUCCAUCAAGCACCAGAGAACUACUUGCUUUAGGCGAAUACAUGUUAUAUGCUGCAACAACAUUAAUGGAAAAUCUGAAAGAAAGAAUUGUGACAUCGUUGCACAUGCUAGCAGCACUAAUUGAAAUGACAACUCUGGCUAAAGAUCACAUUGAAUUGAAUAAUAUCACAAUAAACUGGCUCAAACGUGUAAAAUUAGUGUUUGAGCAAAAUAGUUCUAUGUAUGAGCAGAUGAAAUUUGAUGCAGAGGAGAAAUUGCAAGGACAUGUGAGUGUCUUGAAUUCUGAGGUUGACCUUAUCUUUCCCAGAUUAGUGAUAAUGGAUGACAUGGAUGAUAUUACUAGAGUGUUUGAUUAUAUGGAAGACCUGAGGAAACUUGUACGGGAAUUGGAUCGAAUGGAUGAACAAAUAGAAUGGAUUAACCAUGAAGAAAAGCUGUUUCAAUUCCCUGAAAGCUCUUAUCCACGAGUUAAAGAGUUGAAGGAUAUAAUACUUCCUUACUAUAGCCUGAUGUAUCGGGCUCGUCAGUGGCAGCGAGAUAUCGGUGUUUGGCUGGAUGGACCUUUCGAAUAUCUUGACUCUAAUCUCAUUGAAAGCAAGACAACAGACUAUUUCACUGAUUUCACAAAAAUUAGCAAAGCGUAUAAAACUAAAAUCAAGAUGCAAAUUGCCAUAAAUUAUGCAUACAGAUUUGCAGGUUCUGCGGAUGAUCCUGAUCCGAUGCAGCAGCCAGCUCCUAACAAGCUCUGCUACCAAUUGCUUGAGAAUGUCAAAUGGUUCAAGAAUUAUGUACCCUUGGCAUCUUGCUUCUGUAAUCCAACAUUGCGGCAACGGCAUUGGAACGAUAUGUCUAACAUAGCAGGAUUUGACUUGACUCCCAAUGCUGGUACUACACUACGCAAGAUGAUUGCGUUGGACCUUUUGGGUGAUCUUGCUAAGUAUGAGAUAAUAACUACUAGUGCAACAAAAGAACUGGCAUUACAGGAUCUCCUUGAAAAAAUGACACAUGAUUGGGAUGACGUUAUUUUUCCAAUAACAAAAUUCAAAGAUUCAGGAGUUGACAUCCUCACGGGACUUGACGAUAUUCAGGCUUUGCUUGAAGAACACAUUGCCAAAACACAAGCAAUGCGGGGCUCUGCAUUUGCAAAGCCUAUUGAGGCAGAAGUCAAAGUUUUUUACGAUUUGAUUCUUCGAAUCCAAAAAACGAUAGAUGAGUGGACAAAGGUACAAGUCCAGUGGAUGUAUCUACUGCCUAUAUUUUCAAGUAAAGAUAUUGUAGAUCAACUACCAGAAGAAGGAAUACUUUUUUCCGAGGUAGAUGGAACAUUUCGACGAGCUAUGCUUAAUGUAGUGAAAGAGCCACGAGUGAGAGAAAUGGCAGGUUCGUUUGGACUUUAUGAAGCCAUGAAAGAGGCGAAUGAACAAAUGGACAAAGUUAACGAAGGAGUAACAAAUUACCUCGAAAAAAAAAGAAUCUAUUUUCCUAGAUUUUUCUUUCUUUCAAAUGAUGAUAUGCUCGAAAUCCUCUCAGAAACAAAGGAUCCAUUGCGCGUCCAGCCUCAUUUGAGAAAGUGUUUUGAAGGAAUAGCAAAGCUGGGGUUUAACUCAGAAUUGGAGAUAUUUUCAAUGAUAAGUGACGACAAAGAGGAAAUAAAAAUUCAAGAUAUAAUCUCUACAUCUGCUGCCAGAGGCUGUGUCGAAAAGUGGCUCGUUCAGGUUGAGGAGCAAAUGGUGACUUCGAUAAGACACGAAACAUUCAUGAGUUUUUUGGACUACGAAGUAAACGAGCGUGUGUAUUGGGUAAGAGUCUGGCCAGGAAUGGUGGUUCUCUGCGUGUCUCAGAUUUAUUGGAGCAUGGAGGUACAGAACUGUUUGAUGACACACCGCAUAUCAUCUAUGGAAUCUCUACAUGAGAAAUUGAAGGCACAGAUAAUUGACAUGGUGAAUUUAGUUAAAGGCCAAUUGUCUCGACAAAAUCGUACAACGUUGACAGCACUAAUCACCAUUGAUGUUCAUGCACAAGAUGUCGUCAAGCUUCUAAUUGAAAAAAAAAUUCUACAAGAAAUGGAUUUUGAGUGGCUUGCACAGCUCAGAUAUUACUGGGAAGAUGACGUGCGAGUACGAAUAACAAAUGCAACAGUCAAAUAUGCCUACGAGUAUCUGGGAAAUUGUACAAGGCUUGUAAUCACCCCACUUACUGACAGGUGUUAUCGCACACUGAUUGGAGCAUAUUCCUUACACCUAAAUGGUGCCCCAGAAGGUCCUGCUGGAACUGGAAAAACUGAAACUACUAAAGAUCUUGGAAGAGCACUUGCUGUGCAAUGUGUAGUAUUCAAUUGCUCCGAUGGUUUAGACUACAAGAAUAUGGGAAAAUUUUUCAAAGGCUUGUCUUCCUGCGGAGCUUGGGCAUGUUUUGAUGAAUUUAACAGAAUUGAGCUGGAAGUGUUGUCUGUUGUGGCGCAACAAAUUUUAUGCAUCAUUCAAGCAGUUCGUGCCAAAUCAGAAAAGUUUAUUUUCGAAGGAACAGAGUUAAGUCUAAACCCAUCAGUUUACGUUUGCAUUACUAUGAAUCCUGGAUAUGCAGGGCGAUCAGAAUUACCAGACAAUUUAAAAGUUCUAUUCAGAACGGUGGCCAUGAUGGUACCAGAUUACGCGAUGAUUGGUGAGAUUUCGCUCUAUUCGAGCGGUUUCAGCACAGCGAGAGUUCUCUCUGUGAAAAUAGUGACAACGUAUAAACUUUGCUCCGAACAGUUAUCAUCACAAUCACAUUACGACUAUGGUAUGCGAGCUGUAAAGACAGUCCUGACGGCUGCACAGAAUAUAAAAUUGAAGUUUCCCAAUGAAGAUGAAAUGAUACUCCUUCUGAGGUCCAUCAUAGACGUUAAUUUACCAAAGUUCUUGGCACAUGACGUCCCUUUGUUUCAAGGAAUAAUAACUGACUUAUUCCCAGGCAUCACAUUACCAACGCCAAAUUAUGAGGUAUUUCUAAAUGCGGUGUCAGAAAUUUGUAAGAGAAUGAACUUACAGCCAGUUGAUGCAUUCUUGCUGAAAAUUAUCCAAACGUACGAAAUGAUGAUAGUGAGGCAUGGUUUUAUGCUUGUUGGUGAUCCUUUCGGUGGUAAAACGUCUGCUCUGCAUUGCUUAGCUGACGCUCUGGGAUUAAUGCACGAAUGGGGGGACGAAAAUGGCCUUCCUACGAAAUAUAGAACUAUAAAUCCCAAAUCUAUAACUAUGGGUCAGUUAUACGGUCAGUUUGAUCCAGUUUCGUCAGAAUGGACAGACGGAGUCUGUGCUGUGGCUUUCCGUCAAUUCGUCGCCGAAGACUCUGUCGAUCGAAAGUGGUUAAUUUUUGAUGGCCCUGUAGAUGCUGUCUGGAUUGAAAACUUGAACACUGUCUUGGACGAUAAUAAAAAACUAUGUUUGACUUCUGGAGAAGUAAUGCAGAUGACUUCGGCAAUGUCAAUGAUCUUCGAAGUGAUGGAUUUAUUACAAGCAUCUCCUGCUACCGUGUCACGAUGUGGGAUGAUUUAUAUUGAACCACAUGUAAUGGGGUGGCGACCAUUCCUCAAAUCUUGGAUGAACAAAGUAAAUAUGGAUUGGUGCAAAGGAAACGAAGGAGUUAUCAACGCAUUGUUUGAAUGGCUAAUGGACCCAUGCCUGGAUUUCAUUAGAAAGAAGUGUCGACUUGCAACGACUGCAGGACAGAUUAACCAAGUAAUUUCAACUAUGACUUUGUUCCAAAUAUAUAUGGACGAUGCAGUUGAAGCUAAUCCACAAGAUUAUGCUUCAUUUUUAUCUCCAUGGAUGCAAGCCAGCAUGAUGCAAGCAAUGGUAUGGGGUGCGGGUGGUGCAUUAGAUUAUGAUUCAAGAUGCAAAUUUAAUGACUAUUAUAUAACAUUUUGGGACAAGUCAAAUUCAGAUUAUCCAUUACCAGAAACAAUAAGCGAAAUUUCAAUUUCAAUUCCGGGUGAAGGAUUGAUACAUGAUAACUACUAUACUUUCAAAGGAAAAGGGGCGUGGAAGUAUUUCGGUGACACAGCAAAAACUGCCAAAUUAGUUGAAACACAAAGCAUUGGUCAAAUGAUCAUUCCUACAAUUGACACAGUAAAAUACCAAACGAUAUUUCUCCGACAUAUUAAACAUCAGAAAAGAUUCUUAAUUUAUGGAGAGACUGGUACUGGUAAAAGUUUUUAUAUGCAAGAUUUGUUGAUGAAUAAAUUGAACGAAGAUUCUUACCUACCGAAUUUUAUAACGUUUACUCCAAAUACGUCUGCGAACCAGACCCAAGAACUUGUCAUUUCCAAAUUAUCUAAGAAACGUAGAGGCCUCUAUGGACCCUUGGGUGGAGCACAAUGCAUCGUUUUUGUUGAUGAUGUCAACAUGCCAGCCAAAGAAGUUUAUGGGGCACAACCAGCUAUCGAACUAUUGAGACAGUUCUUUGAUCAUGAGCAUUGGUACGAUUUGAAAGAACCUGAAAAAAUUCGUGUGUUUGACACAAUGUUCCUUGCAGCAAUGGCUCCCCCCGGGGGUAGUCGACAGGAAAUCUACCAUAGGUUCCUGAGGCAUUUCAGUCUAUACACUAUCAGUACUUUUUCAAGGGAGAGCAUAUUCAGAAUAUUCUCAAAUGUGGCACUCGUUGGAUUAAAAAGAAAUGGUUUUGCGUCAGAUGUUGUGGUGGUAGUAACACUGCUAGUCAAUGCUACAAUGGAGAUUUUUGAAGCAGCCAGUAGAAGUCUCAGGCCGACUCCUGCCAAGUCACAUUACUUGUUUAAUCUAAGGGACUUCUCGAGAGUUAUAACAGGAUGUGCGCUGAUAAAAAAAGAAUCCGUAGAAUCUAAAACAACCUUUGUCAGAAUUUGGGUGCACGAAAUUUUGAGAGUGUUUGGCGAUCGGCUAAUUGAAAGAAAUGAUCAUAAAUGGUUGUUCGAGAAGAUUAAAGAGGUGGUUCCAAGCGUAAUGAAAGAAUCCUUCGAGAAUGCAUUCGGUCACUUGCCUAAGUUCGAUGAUGAACUGACAGAGGAAAGCCUGCACGAUUUAUUAUUUGGGAAUUUCAUGGAUCUUGAUGCAACGCCAGAUGAUAAGAGAUAUGAAGAAAUUGCAUCUAUGGAAGAAUACAAAUCUGUUGCACUCCUAUGCUUAGAAGAAUACAAUACUACACACAAAAGUAAAAUAGAUAUCGUUCUAUUUCGCUACGCUUUGGAACACUUAGCAAGAAUUUGCCGCAUAAUGGCCAUACCUUGCGGUAGCUUGUUAAUGGUUGGAGUUGGUGGUUCAGGAAGACAAUCUUUGACUCGACUUGCUGCUGGAAUAGGUGGUCACGCCUUGUUCCAACCAGAGAUUGGAGUUGCUUAUGGCAUGAAUGAAUGGCGUGAAGAUAUUAAAAAGGUUCUUAAAAAUUCUGGUGGCACUGGAAAGGAUCUAGCUUUUCUAUUCACUGAAAGUCAAAUUAAAGAAGAAGGUUUUCUGGGAGAUAUUGAUGGCUUAUUGAACUCUGGAGAGGUGCCGAACUUGUUUACUAUUGAAGAAAAACAAGAAGUUAUAGAAAUGACGAGAUUAGCAGCUCAAGGUGGAAAUCGAAAUUUAGACGUCAGUGUAUUGUCAGUGCUAGCAUUCUUUGUCAAUCGCUGCAAAGAGAAACUACACAUUAUGCUAUGUUUCAGCCCAAUUGGUGAUGCGUUCAGAAUUAGAUUACGAUUAUAUCCAAGUUUAGUAAAUUGUUGUACUAUUGACUGGUUUGAAAUGUGGCCAGAAGAUGCACUGGAACAGGUAGCAGCUCGGUACAUGACAUAUGUUGACGUAGAUGAGAUGAUAAAAGUGAAUUCUAUCGUCGCAUGCAAAUAUUUCCACUUAUGUGCAAAAGAAAAUAGUCAACAAUUUUAUUCGGCUUGUGGUAGAAAAACCUACAUAACAUCUGCAGCAUUUUUGGAUCUCAUUCGUUCGUUCGCAGACCUUAUGAUACAAAAACAAGCAGAAAUAUCUCUAGCAAGGGAUCGUUAUUUAGGUGGGCUGGAUAAAUUAGACUUUGCAGCUUCUCAAGUUACAAAAAUGGGUGCUACUUUGCUCGCUCUAAAGCCGCAGUUAGAGGCAUCUGCACAAUUGACAGCCAAAACAAUGCUACAAAUUGAAAGUGAAAACUUGACUGUAGCACAAGCAACUAUGUUAGUAAAAAAAGACGAAGACGCUGCAAAUAUUCAAGCAGAAAUUGCUGGAACAUUGAAACAGGAGUGUGAGGCAGACCUUGCAGAAGCUCUCCCUAUACUUGCCGAAGCUACAGCCGCUCUAAACACCAUUAAACCAGCUGAUAUAACAAUAGUAAAAGCCAUGAAAAAUCCACCUGAAGUAAUAAAGUUGGUACUAGCUGCUGUUUGUAUUAUGAUGGCUAUCCCCCCGGAUCGCGUAAAUGAUCCGGUGACUCAAAGGAUGGUCUCCGACUACUGGGGCCCUAGCAAACGGUUACUGUCAGACAUGACUUUCUUAACAAGGCUAAAAGACUAUGACCGGGAUAAUAUCCCUGUUUCUAUAAUGCAGGUGAUAAAGAAAACGUACAUAACAGAUAAAAAUUUUGAGCCAAAAAAAGUAGCUAAAGCUUCAUCAGCUGCUGAGGGGCUUUGCAAAUGGGUACGAGCUAUGGUUCUGUACGAUGAGGUAGCAAAAGUCGUUGCACCCAAAAAAGCCAAACUGGCUGUAGCAGAGAAAGAGUUUAAUGAGACCAUGGAAUUCCUAACAGGAAGGAGACAAAUGUUGGCAGAACUCGAUGCAAAGCUGGCACUUCUGAAUCAAGAUUUACAAAGAACUCUGGCGAAAAAAAUCGACCUGGAAAAUCAGGUCACAAACUGCACUAAUAAGCUUAUUCGUUCAGAAAAGCUGCUCAGUGGUCUCGGAGGGGAAAAAGGUCGUUGGCUACAAUGUGCAGCAAAUUUACAGAAGUCUUACGAUAGCUUGGCUGGCGAUAUUCUAAUAUCGUGUGGAAUGAUUGCCUACCUAGGCCCAUUCACAACUGCUUAUCGCAUUGAAAAUAUUGAAAAAUGGCGUAUCUACGUUAAAAGCUUAGAUAUACCUACAUCGGAUACAUAUAGUUUUGUAACAGUGUUGGGUUCAGAAAUUAAGAUCAACUCAUGGAAUAUUCACGGUCUUCCAAGGGACUCAUUUUCUACUGAGAAUGCCAUUAUCAUGGACAGUUCCAAGAGGUGGAGUUUAUUCAUUGAUCCGCAGAGUCAGGCAAACAAAUGGAUUAGGGCUAUGGAAAAAUCGAAUCGUUUAGAAAUCAUCAAAUUGUCAGAUAAAACUUACAUGAAUAUACUAGAGGAAUGCAUUGAAACUGGUAGGCCAGUAUUAUUAGAAAAUGUCGGUGAAGAAUUAUCCACACCCUUGGAUCCUAUUCUGAUGAAAAAUAUAUACAAGUUCUCUGGUAUUUGGUAUAUUACUCUUGGGGAAAAAUCUGUUGAGUAUGAUUUGAACUUUAGGUUCUAUAUAACGACAAAGCUGAGAAAUCCGCAUUAUCUACCAGAAGUAUUCAACAAAGUAACAUUGAUCAAUUUUGCACUGACAAUCGAAGGAUUAGAGGAUCAACUUCUGGGUAUUGUGGUAGCUAAAGAAAGAGCUGACCUGCAAAAAAAACGGGAAUAUUUAAUCGUAGAAAGUGCGGCAAAUAAAAAAGCUCUGCAACAAGUUGAGGAAAAUAUUCUACGAACAUUAUCCUCCUCGGGGGCAAAUAUUUUAGAAGAUGAGGAAGCCAUAGAAAUACUAGAUUCCUCAAAACUUCUGUCUGUCGACAUUAUGAAAAAGCAGCGAGCUGCCAAAGAGACGGAAGCUCGAAUUGAGGUCUUUCGGCAAAGUUAUAGACCAAUAGCUAAACAUAGCUCUGCACUAUAUUAUACCGUCACUGAUCUGCCCAGUGUAGACCCAAUGUACCAAUAUUCUCUUGCAUGGUUCAUAAAUUUGUACAUAAUGUCGAUAGAGACUGCUAGCAGAAGUAAAGUACUAGAGAAAAGAUUGAUGUUCCUACGAGAAACAUUUACCUAUAAUCUCUAUCAAAAUGUUUGCCGUUCUCUGUUUGAAAAAGAUAAGGUGUUGUACUCAUUUGUUCUUUACUCGACCAUACUGGUAGCAACGAACGAAAUAAAUAGAGAUGAACUGACGUUCUUCCUGUCCGGGGGAAUAGGACUUACCAAUACUGCUAAAAAUCCAGCAUCUAAUUGGUUAUCGGAUAAAUCUUGGGAUGAAAUGUGUAGAGCAAAUGAUACCUUACCAUCAUUUAGUGGAUUUGUUAACGAUUUUUGCAUAAACAUCUCACAUUGGCAAGAAUUUUAUGACCUUAUAAAUCCUCAAGAUGCCUCAAUUCCACAGCCAUGGGAACAAAAGCUAUCCCCGUUUCAGAAAUUGAUUGUAAUGAGAAUGAUCAGACCAGACAAAGUUACUAAUAAGGUGAUGCAGUUUGUUGAAGCAGGCAUGGGCAACAAAUUUGUGACACCACCACCAUUUGAUAUAGCAAAGUCUUAUGCAGAUUCAAACUCACUGAUACCUUUGAUUUUUAUCCUUUCGGCUGGUUCUGACCCAAUGGGUUCUCUCUCAAAGUUUGCUGAAAAUAUGAAUUAUGCUGAUCGAUUUAGUUCAAUAUCGCUAGGUCAAGGACAAGGGCCCGUGGCUCAACGUAUUAUAGAGCAGGGACAAAACGAAGGCAUGUGGAUUUGCCUUCAAAAUUGUCAUCUAGCUGUUUCUUGGAUGUCACAACUAGAGAAAAUUUGCGAGAACUUUGAUGCCAAGAAUACUUCUAUUAACUUCCGUCUAUGGUUAACUAGCUACCCUUCAGACAAGUUUCCUAUAACAGUUUUACAAAAUGGUGUGAAGAUGACUAACGAACCACCAAGUGGGCUUCAACAAAAUUUAAUGAGAUCUUAUCUCUCGGAGCCUGUUAAAGACCCAGAAUUCUUCGAAGGUUGUCCGGGAAAGGAAAAGGAAUUCACUAAAUUGUUAUACAGCUUGUGCUUUUUCCAUGCCGUUGUACAGGAAAGACGAAAGUUUGGCGCUCAAGGAUGGAACAUUAAAUAUGGAUUCAACGAAUCUGAUUUUCAAAUAUCUGUGCAACAGUUGCAAAUAUUCAUAAAUGAGUAUGACGAAGUCCCCUUCAAAGCUAUUGUAUAUCUAACAGGAGAAUGCAACUAUGGUGGAAGAGUCACAGAUGAUCGUGAUAGAAGAUGCUUAAAUACUAUUCUAGAUGAUUUUUAUAAUGCAAAUGUAAUCACAAAUCCAUAUUACACAUUUGCGGAUAUAGGACCCGAAUAUGUACUACCGCGCAAGUACGAAUAUCGAGAUUACAUAAAACAUAUAGAAGAUAUACCUGUUAUUUCACCACCAGAAGUAUUCGGUUUGCAUAUGAAUGCCGGAAUCACCAGAGACCUUGAAGUAUCCAAAGACUUUUUCACUGCAUUAAUACAAAUUCAAGGAACUGUGUCAGUUGGUGAUACAGCUAAACAAGAUGAAAUGCUGUUAAUUAUUAAAAAAGACAUUUAUGAUCGUAUGCCCGACUUAUUUGAUAUCGAAGAAGCUCAAAAGAAAUAUCCUGUUUCUUAUUACGAGUCUAUGAACACCGUUUUGAUACAGGAAAUGGAGAGAUAUAAUAAGCUCUUAAGUGAAAUUCGGGUUUCCAUGACUAUGCUGGAAAAGGCAGUGAGAGGCAUGAUAGUUAUGACACCAUCCCUUGAGGUGCUAUCAAAACAAGUUCUUGUUGGCAGAAUCCCUACAAGUUGGGAAAAAGCCAGUGCAUACCCAAGUCUGAAACCCUUACCAAGUUUUGUGAAUGAUUUUUUGGAGAGAAUAGAAUUUUUUCAACAUUGGUUAAGUAAUGGAAAACCAGCAUCGUUUUGGAUAUCUGGAUUUUCUUUUGCUCAUGGCUUCCUGACAGGAGCGAGUCAAAAUUAUGCCAGAAAACAUAAAAUCUCUAUUGACAAAAUCGAUUUUGAUUUUGAGGUACUACCAGCUGGCCGGAUGGAGUCCCCACCAAAUGAUGGUGUUUAUGUAUAUGGAAUGUUCUUAGCUGGAGCAAGAUGGGACAUGAAGAAAAUGACUUUGGCAGAAAGUUUUCCAAAAGUUUUAUCUGAUGUGCUGCCUGUAGUUUGGUUUAAGCCAUGCGAAGCUGUAAAACGAGUAACAGGGUCCCGGUAUCUCUGCCCAUUGUAUAUCACCUCGGCACGUUUCGGAGUCCUUAAAACAACGGGUCAUUCUACCAAUUAUGUACUAUCUAUUCUCUUAAAUACUGAACAUGCUGUCAGUCAUUGGAUCAAAAGAGGUCUUGCUUUACUAUGCCAACUUGAUGACUGAGGUUUAUCAUAAAUGGGGAUCUAAUCUAAUUGUGAGACAGAUUUCGAGCUGAUCUUUAGUGAAUUUGACACCAAUGGAUAUAUCACUACAAAUAACUUCAACAUAUUAGGGGAUGUAAUGGAUUUCUUGUUAUUGUGUAUUCCAUGUGUCGAUGACCAUUAAGAGACAGUUUUGAAGAUGCAGAUAUAGCACUUGCAGUUACGCACAAAUUUAACUGUUUAACGGGAGCGAAAAAUUUGGUUUCCUAGUCCAAGAGUGACUAUUGAAAAAAUCGGUUGUAUCACUUUGAUGAAGGAAUAAAUAUAGCGAAUUUAUAAUUU